AUGGGAGCCAGCAAGCAGAAGAAGGCGGAAUACUUCCCCAAGCUCAAGGGCUUGUUGGAGGAUUACAAGUCCGUCUUCAUCGUCACCGUCGACAAUGUCAGCUCGCAGCAGAUGCACGAGGUCCGACAGUCUCUCCGCGGAGAGGCUGUUGUUCUGAUGGGAAAGAACACCAUGGUCCGCCGCGCUCUGCGAACCUUCGUUUCCGACUCGCCCGAGUACGAACGCCUGUUGCCCCACGUCCGGGGUAACGUCGGUUUCAUCUUCACCAACGGCGACCUCAAGGACAUCCGUGAUAAGAUUCUGGCGAACAAGGUCGCGGCCCCGGCUCGUGCUGGUGCCGUUGCCCCCGCCGAUGUGUGGGUGCCCGCUGGCAACACUGGUAUGGAACCCGGAAAGACCUCCUUCUUCCAGGCUCUCGGUGUUCCCACCAAGAUUGCCCGUGGUACCAUUGAAAUUACCACCGAUCUCAAGCUCGUCGAGGCGAACACCAAAGUUGGUCCCUCCGAGGCUACCCUGCUCAACAUGUUGAACAUCUCCCCGUUCACCUACGGUCUGGGUAUCUCGCAGGUCUACGACGAAGGCAACUGCUUCCCUCCCGAGGUUCUGGACAUUGGCGAGGAGCAGCUACUCAAGGCCUUCAGCAGCGCCAUCACCACCAUCGCUGCUCUGUCUCUGGCCCUCGACUUCCCCACCCUGCCUUCCGUCAUGCACUCUCUGGUCAACAGCUACAAGAAGGUUCUGGCCGUCGCCGUCGAGACCGAGUACAGCUGGCCCGAGAUUGAGGACCUGAAGGACAGAAUCGCCAACCCCGACGCGUACGCUUCGGCUGCCCCUGCUGCCGGAUCUGCCGAGACCAAGACCGAGGCUGCCGAGGAGAAGAAGGAAGAGUCGGAAGCUGAAGAGUCUGGUGACGAAGGCUUCGGUGGUCUCUUCGACUAA